AUGACUGUUAGAAACAGUCACUGGGUGGCUCUUUUUUCUCAAUUAUUAGUUUUAUCUGCAAGUGUUGUUUUAUUUAUGAUUCCAAUUUAUUUACUCUGGAGUCACAUUACUUAUGAACAAAAUCAUUUAUCUAAUUACAAGCCUCAUGUGGUAGCGUUAAUAUUAGCUCGAGGUGGUAGUAAAGGAAUACCAAGAAAAAAUUUAGCUUUAAUACAAAACACUACACUCCUCCGAAGAUCUCUAGACACUAUUAAUGAUUGUAGAUUGUUUCACGAUGUAUGGGUAUCAACAGAUGACAAAGAAAUUGCAGCUGAAGCUGAAUUAGCUGGUGCUAAAGUUUUUCACCGCAGUGCAGAAACUGCUUCGGAUGAAGCAACAUCACUUAGUGCUGUUAAAGAAUUUAGUAUGUACCAUCAAAAAGUGGAUAUUUUUGCUAUCAUUCAGUGUACCUCACCUUUUAUGACUUCUGAGUAUUUGACUAGAGCAUAUAAAAUGGCAGUUAAUCAAAAAUUUGAAUCUGUGUUUUCUGUAACACGAAGUCAUAAACUACGUUGGAAACUUGGAUCUGAUGGUCAACUGCAACCAUCAAAUUUUGAUGUUACCAAAAGACCGAGAAGACAGGACUGGGAUGGAGAAUAUGUGGAAAAUGGCAUGUUUUAUUUUGCACACAAAAAUCUUAUUGUAAAUAAUAAGCUCCAGGGAGGAAAAUUGGGAGUAGUUGUCAUACCAAUGAAUAGAAGUUUAGAAAUUGACACACAAUUUGAUUUACAAGCCGCUCGCCUUUUAGCUCCAUUACUAGAUAAACCUAAAAAUAUAACUAAUAGAACUUAAGAAAUGAUCAAAAACUUAUAAGCAAAUUAUAAAAUGAUAGUUAUAAAAAUUUUAAUUACCUACUUAUUAUAAGUUAUAGUUAAUAUUAUUAAAACUUAUAUAUAUAAAUAUAUAUGUAUAAAUAAGAUUGAUAAACUUGACCUAUGUAUUUGCCAUUCGGAUUAUACAUAUUACAUAUUUAUUGUUUUGUAAAUAUUUUUGUUAGAUGAAUUUAAAGAGUUUGUAGUUUUGUACUGAAUAAAAUUCUAAUUUUAAAUA